GCAAAGGUAUAACAUCCUUUCAUCCAGGAUGCUAGACCACAAUGCUAUUUAUGUAAGAGCCUACUGUUUUCUACUGGGACGGAAGUUGUUUGAAAAUCCAUGAUAGUUCAAUUAAAGAUGCCAGAGACAGGUGGAAGACAUACCCGUUUCCCACUAUUUGUAUGCUCAAUGUAGGGCCAGAGACUAGAAAAGUUUCGGUUUUGUAGAGCUGCUCCAAGUGUUAUCUAUUUCAGCAGGAAAAGAGUUAACUCGGAGUAAAUGCUUCCUUCCACGUUCACAUGACAGUGUUGAUUUAGAGAUACCCGCUCAGCUAAAUAGGUUACAGAUUCACAUGACAUCAGCUAACCUUCCUUGGCUGGGUUGAAAGGGUGAAAAAAAAAAAGGCCCUUAACAUAAAAUAGCGUCAUAGGAGAAGCUUCCUAGAUGCAAGGCUGUUACUCUUUUUCCUGGGAGUUGUUGCUAAACCUCGGGCCUUGAGGGAAUAAUUUCCACAUCAUUUAGCCUGCCCAGAAUUUUUGGAGGAUGCUCAAUUCAAAGCAAGUAUUCACUAGUAUGUACCACACCAAGACGCCGGGCUCAAUUUAACUCCUGUGCAGCAACAGCCACCUACUUUUCAGAAUUGUGAUAAAACUAAUAAAAACAGCAAUAAAAAAAAUUAGGUUUUCGGUUUGUAUAACCGUGCUUGGACUGUUUUUGUGUGGUGACUGUAUGUGUUAUUUUUUUCUUUCCUUUUCCUAAUGUUGGACAUCUUCGACAUCCUAGGAAAGCAGGGCUUGGGUCAAUGAAAGGCAUUACACAUCUUUUAGCUACUGAGAUGUCCUGAGCAGCUUUCCCUGGGAAGCGAACCAUCCCAUCGGAGCAUGUGGAGACCGGUCCUUCCUUCUAUAAACCGCCCGCCUCAACGUAAAGCCGGCCGGGGCUUCUUGCAACCUCAGUCGCGUCUGAACGCCUUGCUCGCGAGAUCUUGAAGCUUGGUGGUGGUGGUUGUUUUUUCCUUCCUCCACUGCAGAAGGAAGAGUCGGGGAACUUUCGUAGCCUUCCAGCUAGCCGUCCGCCCACGGAGGAGCAGUUGGCUCCGUAGGCCCGCCCAUCCCCGCUUCGAGCCGAGCGUCAGUUUUAUAAACCGCCAUCUGCCCUAAAGCUCUUCUCCCGUCGAAAGGAGGCGGAGGCAGGCAGGCAGCCCGCCGGGCGGAUGCCUUCUUCCUCUCCCUCCUUCCUGACACGACGCGAGUAAGGGCGCUGCUGGUUGGGUCGCCCUGCAGGGGGAAAAGCGGGCCACGCUGGACCGCGGCCUCGCUCUUUCUCCGAAAGGCGCUUUAGCCAGGCUGAAGCUCCCGGCGGCAACGCAGCGGACAAGCUCUAACCUCGAAGCACGCCAAAGCCGGGCCAGCAUCCGUCAGCUCCAGAAGCAGCGCCCGAAAGCUGCUCCGCCCUCGCCGGGCCAGAUCCCUCCCUUGCUCGGACUUUGCCUCCGCCUCCCGCUCCCCUCGCAGCGGAUGCUUUAAAGACUCGUCCCCGAGCCGCGCGGCUUUUAGGCGAUUGGCUGCCGCCUGCCCGCUUUCCUUCGCUCCGUGGCGCCGGCUUUCGCUCGUUUCGGGGGAAACCGACGGGGGGGGGGCGGGGGUGGAUAACGGAGGGCCCGGCGGAAGCUUUGCGGCUGACACGGGCAGCGGCCGGCCCCCGAGCACCAAGCCGUACAACACACGUGUCGAGACCGCGUCGGCUUAUUCAGACUGAGAAAGCGUAGGUCUGUGGGAGGUCGGUCGGCCAGCCGGCUGGUUUCCUCCUCCCCUCCGCGGUCGGUUCCACAGGGAGCGCUGUCGCCUUGGCGCCCGCGAUACGAAGCGUGUGGCGUUGCUGCUUCCAGCCAUCCCUGAAACUUCGGGAGGCGGACCGAGGGUGCUCCUUGUCUGUGGGGACGUGAGAACCGAAGGGACUUCAUUGAACAAGCCAGAGCCGCAAGGAAGUCUGUUCCGGCCCGCAUUGUCGCCGCCGCCCGAGAAAAAAACAGAAGCCAUGGAAGCGAAGCCUUCGCGUGCGUCCACCCCGCCGCCCCGCUCCGGCUCGCCGAAGCUCAAAGCUGCAGCGGCUGCAGGGAGAGAAGGAGGAGGAGCCGCCGAUGCAGCAGCAUCCACAGGCGCGGAGGAAGUACCUCGUCUGCCGGCGAGUGACGGGGAUGCGCCGGUUGGCACAGGCGACUCCUCGUCGGACCCCGGGAGCGCCUUGGCUCCUGCCUCUGCAGCUGCUGGGGAUGGGCUUUGCAGACCUCUGGGUCCCACGCCCAGCCAGAGCCGCUUUCAGGUGGACCUGGUGGCAGAAAACCUGAGUCGGGCGGCUGUGGCAGAAGAGGCGAAGACAACGGAAGGGACCCCUGAAGUCCCCGGUGAUGGGCAUAAGAAAAGCAGUGAGGAAGCAAAAGGCCGGUUUCGGGUGAAUUUCGUGGACCCCUCGGCUGGAGACGACAGCUCUGGUGAGCCUGGAGGUGGUGGCCCAGAAGGCUGCAGCGUCAGCUUCCAGAAUGGUGGUGACACGGUUCUGAGCGAAGGGAGCCUACAUUCUGGGGGAGGCUCAGGAGGGCACCAUCACUACUAUUAUGACACUCAUACGAACACAUACUAUAUGCGCACCUUCGGCCACAACACCAUCGAUGCCGUGCCAAGGAUAGAUUAUUAUCAGCAAACCGCUGCUGGUCUAGGAGAGAAACUUAUUCGACCCAGCCUUGCAGAGUUGCAUGAUGAGCUGGACAAGGAGCUAUUUGAAGAUGGCUAUGCAAAUGGAGAAGAAGGAACUCCCACUGGAGAAGCCACUGCAGCCUAUACUGCUGAUAGUAAAGGGGUUGUCAAAUUUGGUUGGAUUAAAGGUGUAUUGGUACGAUGUAUGUUGAAUAUCUGGGGUGUGAUGCUCUUCAUUCGACUAUCCUGGAUUGUAGGACACGCUGGCAUAGGACUUGCUGUCUUGGUUAUUGCAAUGGCCACUGUUGUAACGACUAUCACUGGCUUGUCUACAUCAGCAAUAGCUACCAAUGGUUUUGUGAGAGGAGGAGGUGCAUAUUAUCUUAUUUCCAGAAGCUUGGGGCCAGAAUUUGGUGGUGCUAUAGGCUUGAUCUUUGCAUUUGCUAAUGCUGUUGCUGUAGCCAUGUAUGUAGUUGGUUUUGCAGAGACUGUUGUUGACCUACUUAAGGAACAUGAAGUACUUAUGCUGGAUCCAAGUAAUGAUAUCAGAAUUAUAGGAGCAAUUACAAUUGUUGUUUUAUUAGGCAUCUCGUUAGCAGGAAUGGAAUGGGAAGCUAAAGCACAGAUUGUUCUGCUGGUGAUAUUAGUAGUAGCUAUUGUUGACUUCAUCAUAGGAACAUUUAUUCCAUUUGAGAACAAGAAGCCUAAAGGAUUUUUUGGUUACAAAGCUGAAAUAUUUUCGGAAAACUUUGGACCAGAUUUCAGAGAGGGAGAAACUUUCUUUUCAGUAUUUGCUAUAUUUUUCCCAGCUGCAACAGGCAUUUUAGCUGGUGCAAAUAUCUCAGGUGAUCUUGCGGAUCCUCAAUCAGCCAUACCUAAAGGCACAUUGCUAGCCAUCUUAAUCACUACAGUGGUUUACAUAGGAGUAGCAGUAUCAGUAGGUUCCUGUGUUGUUCGGGAUGCCACCGGGAACCUUAAUGACACAAUUGUUAAUGAGCUGACAAACUGUACAUCAGCAGCUUGUAAACUGAAUUUUGAUUUCUCUUCCUGUGAAACAACAAAAUGUUCUUAUGGGCUAAUGCACAACUUCCAGGUAAUGAGCAUGGUAUCAGGAUUUGCCCCACUGAUAACAGCUGGUAUAUUUUCUGCAACUCUUUCUUCAGCAUUAGCCUCUCUUGUCAGUGCACCUAAAAUCUUUCAGGCAUUAUGCAAAGAUAAUAUCUAUCCAGGUUUUCUGAUAUUUGCUAAAGGCUAUGGGAAAAAUAAUGAACCUUUACGAGGGUAUCUUCUCACUUUUUUGAUUGCUCUUGGAUUCAUAUUAAUUGCUGAAUUGAAUUUAAUUGCUCCAAUUAUUUCCAAUUUCUUCUUGGCUUCCUAUGCUUUAAUUAAUUUUUCCGUGUUCCAUGCUUCACUGGCAAAAUCACCAGGCUGGCGUCCUGCUUUUAAAUACUACAACAUGUGGAUAUCUCUAGUUGGAGCAAUUCUCUGCUGCAUAGUUAUGUUUGUUAUUAACUGGCAGGCAGCACUCCUCACAUAUGUUAUUGUUCUAGGACUCUACAUUUAUGUAACUUACAAGAAGCCAGAUGUGAACUGGGGUUCCUCAACUCAAGCUUUGACUUAUCUGAAUGCUUUGCAGCAUGCUGUCCGCCUUACUGGUGUGGAAGACCAUGUAAAAAACUUCAGGCCACAAUGCCUUGUCAUGAGUGGUGCUCCAAACUCACGUCCAGCUUUGCUUCAUCUGGUCCAUGCCUUCACCAAAAACGUAGGAUUGAUGAUCUGUGGUCACGUACAUAGGGGUCCUCGCAGGCAAGCCAUAAAGGAAUUGUCAGCUGACUUGGCCAGGUACCAACGGUGGCUUAUUAAAAACAAAAUGAAAGCGUUUUAUGCUCCGGUGCAUGCAGAAGACAUGAGAGAUGGUGGACAGUACUUAAUGCAAGCUGCAGGUCUAGGAAGAAUGAGGCCAAAUAUUCUUGUUCUUGGAUUUAAGAAGGAUUGGCAGUCAGCUGAUAUGAAUGAUGUUGACAUCUACAUCAACUUAUUACAUGAUGCUUUCGACUAUCAGUAUGGAGUGGUUGUCAUCCGUCUGAGGGAAGGUUUGGACAUAUCUCAUCUUCAGGGACAAGAAGAAUUAUUGUCAUCCCAAGAGAAAUCACCAGUAACCAAAGACAUUAUAGUAAAUGUGGACUACAGCAAGAAGACUGAUACGGUAACUUCUAAGCCUGUUAGUGAAAAAGGACCUAAUCAUAAAGAAGAAGAAGAUGAUGUCAAGACUCCAACACAGCCACUUUUGAAAAAAGAUCCUAAGGGCCCGUCUGUUCCUCUGAACUUGGCCGAUCAAAAGCUGCUUGACGCAAGUUCCCAAUUUCAGAAAAAACAAGGCAAAAAUUACAUUGACGUUUGGUGGCUCUUUGAUGACGGAGGCUUAACACUUUUGAUUCCAUAUCUUCUGACAACCAAGAAAAAAUGGAAAGACUGCAAGAUCAGGGUGUUCAUUGGUGGAAAAAUAAAUAGAAUCGACCAUGACAGAAGAGCGAUGGCAACAUUGCUUAGCAAAUUUCGGAUAGACUUUUCAGAUAUUAUGGUCCUUGGUGAUAUCAAUACAAAACCAAAGAAAGAAAACAUUGCAGCCUUUGAAGAAAUGAUUGAACCAUUCAGACUUCAUGAAGAUGAUAAAGAGCAAGAUGUUGCAGACAAAAUGAAAGAAGAUGAACCUUGGAGAAUCACAGAUAACGAAAUUGAGCUAUAUAAAACCAAGAGUCACCGUCAGAUUAGAUUAAAUGAAUUACUGAAAGAACAUUCAAGUACAGCUAAUCUAAUUGUUAUGAGUUUACCAGUAGCACGAAAAAGUGCAGUAUCGAGUGCGUUGUACAUGGCCUGGAUAGAAGCUCUUUCAAAAGACCUGCCACCCAUUCUCCUUGUCCGUGGAAAUCAUCAAAGUGUUCUUACCUUCUAUUCAUAAACUUUCUUGUGCAAGAUGCAACGAGAAAGAAAUGGUACUUCAGUGCCUAGAGGAAAGGGACUGGAACGUUCUAUUAAAAUAUUAACCUCACACCGAGGUAGAAAGUGAUAACUUUCUCACUAUUCCCCUGACUCAAAAGCACAUAAGGAAAGUCACUAUACUCCUAAAGUUGUGGAAGUUCCAUUUUUUUCUAAUUCUUCUGUAAUUUAAUCUUGCUAAAUGGGGGAGGAUUCCUUAGUAAGAAUAAAUAAACAAGUUUUUCUUUGCUACUUGAAAGGCAGCAAUAAAGUGUUUAUUUUUGAUCAAUGAAAGGGUUAUAGAUUUAUAAAAACCUUUUAGCCUUGAGGUGCCUUCUGAAAUUAACCAAAUUUCAUCCAUAUAUCGUUUUGUAAAUUUAUAAAGUCAGUCUGCCAUUGGUUAAAACUUUAGAUCAGAUUUCCUCUAGUUUCUAGACUCUUCCAUCUUACAAUAAUAAAGAUGCUGCAUUCUGGUCUUCCAUGAAGGUAUUAGUUUGGACUGUUGUAUGUUUCUUAUUGUUUGGAACAGGGAGGUUGUGUGUUUGUGGUCUGUGUAUGUGUCUGUUUAAGAGACUGGUUAGACCUAAGAGGUAAGUGGGAUGACUUGGCUAUGAUAAUAAAGUCAGUUAGCAUUGAGGACUUUGUAAUGUCAAUUUUUACUACUGAAAGAUGUACUUAAUUGGGAACUAUUGAUGUUCCCAAUUCCAUCCCGUCCUGUUUUCCUUGGGCUCCUAUGACAGAAGAUUAACCGACCAGAUUUUAUUGUGCAACUCCGUUGUCAAAGGAUGCUUUUGUCACAGGAUGCCAUCGGUUUUGGGACUGAUACUGUGUGUGCCCUUUUGGGGGGGCCAUGUGGAUAAAGAAUAGUUCUGUGGGACCAUGUUUUGUCCAGGGCAUCCAAGGGCAGUUUAUUUAAAAUCUGCUAAAUCUCUUGCUAAACACUCAGGUUUGGUUCUCUUGAGCUUUUUAAUUUGAUAAGAAGAUGGUGUAUUCCAGAACUGCCCAUUUGUGUGCCCUCUGUUUGUGGAUGGGUAUAUAUUUCAAUUGCUUUAUAUUUUUUUAUUCUAUGAACUGCUUCCUGAAGAAACUCUUGAGACUUUAUCCAAUAAUUAGUAACAACGCUUAUACCUGUUACCUGUAAGUUGCCUAAAAAUAAGUUUCAACUUUUGGCUUUAAUACAGAGCGCCAUAUUAGAUCAAAGAUCUAUAAUUUCAGAGUUUGUAAGUGAACACAUAGCAUAUAAAAACACAGCUUUCUUGCUAAGUGAAAUCAAAAUCUGUGAACAAAUAAUUGUUUUGAAAGAUCUGGUUAAUGGGACAACAGGAUUCUUGCAUAUUGUAAUUACCUUCAGUAACAUACUGCUCUAAUGUUGAUUGUUUUUUUUCCCAGAAGUGCAAUACAAGUUGGCUGCCACAUAGAGUAAUUCAUUGUUAGGAUAUAUUUUUCAAAGGAAAUUGGAAGUUUAUAAUAGUUUGUUGUUACUUUUUUUAAAAAAAAUCACAUUGCAAAUAGAGUGUUGAUUACUACCAGAUUGGUUGAUUGUUGCUGUGAUGAGAGAAGAUGUAAACUUACUCAGUGAGGCUGAAUUUCCUUUCCUUUCCCCUGUUUUGUUAAGUGCAGACUUAGAAUAGGAUAGAAAACAGUGUCACCAUCCAGAAGAAAUGCACUUGGACACGUAGCAGUUUGGCCCAUUCAGGGCAGCCAUUAUUCGUGAUGUGCAAAAGAAAGGACUUGCAUUUCUGCCUGUGUGUGGUGGCUGAAAUAAUUAUUUUAACAUUUGAAUCUAUUGAUGGGUACCAAAUGUAGUCUGUGACUUAAAAGUUCUUCAUCCAAUGAGAAUUUCCAAUAUUAGAAAUGCAAAAUGCCAAAUCCUGAUUAUAACAUUAUUAAAGCUCUCCAGGUAAUAUAUACUAUUAACUUGUUAGCAAAUUUAGUCAUUCCAGUUUCUAUUUACUAUAACUUUAAAUUUCUUUUGAACACUUUUAAAGUUUCAAUCAAUAACUUGAAAUAAUUUUCCAUUGACACUCAGCAAUAUCAUUUUUAUAAGUUUAUUUUGUGAAAUUUGGAAGUGUUUAGAAAACAGUUGAAGAAAUUGAUUAUUUAUUAUUUUGAUUAUGUUUGUCUUUCCUUUUUACACAAUUAUUUUAUAUGCUAUUUUGUUUAUUUAAAAAUGAACUACGGUCUUAAUUUAAAGCUUGAGCUUUGGUUGGUACUAUCCACAGUCCAAAAAUGUUAUGUCAUAUUUUGAUAAUGUAUUGUAACUGUUAUCUACAGUUAUGACUUUUCUAAUGUUUUAACAACAUGGAGUAUUGCAGCUACUCUACUAUACUGAAGAAAGAUCACUGCAAUAAAUGGAAGUGAAUUAAA